CCCACGUUUCUCCCCCCUCUUUUUGCUGAGUCCUCACAUCACACAGGCCCCGCUCUGUAGCUGCAGAGAAACAGAUCUCACUGUGCUGCAGGAGGGGAGCAGGAAUUGGAAGGGGGAGCACAGUGCAGGACUUGACAAAAACUAAUGGUAGCAAAUAAGGGAACUGCUACAGAGAAGAAGGCAGCAGGGGAAAUGAUCAGUUCAGAGAAAUGAGGACAGGAGGGAAGGGUACUGUCGUGGACAGACCGGCCGGGCCAGUGCAUGCAGUUGAAGCAAGACGAAAGGAGACUAUUUCCGAAUCCGGACAGAGGAUGCUGUUUUGGGAUGUGUUGUGAAGACAGGGAGGGAUUGUGUCAAUGUGUGUAUGUGACAGUUUAUAGAUCACCAGAGGUAGGAUUUAAAAAUAGUAUAGUAUAGUAUAUGCAGAUCUCUGCUGUGAUGUUGCUCUGACCUCUGGAAGGUUUUCUUUUUCUUUCCAGAAACUCAUUGAUUUUUCUGAGAGACUGAAAUGUGAUGUAGGUAUGUAGCAUACAGUGGUAAAAUUGUACUCUCUGGCAGUGUUUAGUUUUGGUGGACUCUAUGCUAGCAAUAUGGAUCCCCAGCAGCCUGUUUUUAGCCUAAUGAAGCGGUUCUGUCCUUGUCUCAGCCUGCUGCCGCUGCCAAGUCAAGACUGGAGCAAGAGUGAUGAAAGGCUGCUGCAGGCUGUGGAGCAGAAUGAACCUGACAAAGUCACUGCCCUCAUUGUCAAAAAAGGUCUCUGUCCAACCAAGCUGGAUGCUGAGGGCAAGUCAGCAUUCCACCUCUGUGCAUCUAGAGGCAGACUAGAUUGCCUGGAGGUAAUCAUAUCUCACGGAGCAGAUGUCAGCGUCACAGACGGAGCUGGUUUCAGCGCACUUCAUCUUGCAGCCAAAAAUAGUCAGCACGAGUGUUUAAAGAGACUGCUGCAGGAGAGACUGGCGGUAGAUUGCACAGACGGCAUUGGCAGGACACCACUGCAUCAUGCAGCGAUCAGUGGCUGUUUGUCCAGCACUGAGACACUGUGGGACUUUAAAGCCAACCUUGAUGUCCAGGACAAUGACGGAGCCACACCGCUGAUCCUUGCGGCCCAGAUGAGCAGAGUGGAGCUGUGUGACUUUCUGUUGGGUCGAGGUGCCAAUGCAAACACACAGGACAACCAGGGGAGGUCAGCAUUGAUGCUCGCCUGUGAGAGUGAAAGUGUCGAGACUGUAGAGGCUCUACUGAGAGGGGGCUCAAGCACACAACUGGUUGACCAACUUGGCCACAAAGCUGCUGACUAUGCCAUAACUACAGGCAACCAAUGCAUUGUUCGCAUGUUGCAGGAUGGAGUACCCCCAGCUUCUGAGAGCGCAGGCGAGGAGAUCCAGGACCUCUCAGUGGGAUCUGCCAAGUCUUCAAGUCCAGCGCUCCCUGCCAAAUCCCCUGAGCCCCAGAAAUCCCAAUCUCCAUCUCCCCAACCCCCUGAAACUCAGCAAUCAUCUCAGGCAGAGGAUGAGGAAGUGUUUGAGGAGAUCCGACGGCUGCGACUGGAGAGAGGGCGCCUGCUUCAGAAGAUUAAGGCCUUGGAGCAGCAGCAGCAGAGCGCCCUAUCUGCUCUGGAGGAGCUGUCCCAACUAAAGCAGCAUCUGAAGGAGGCAGAGGCUGAGAGGGACAAGCUGCUGGAGGAGCUGAAGGGGGCUCAUGGGAUAGGGGCCAGUGACUCAGAGGAUAUGGAUGAAAUGCUGGACUUCCCUGAGAAGCUGCUCUCCAAGCGUUCUAGAGUGUCCCCUGCCCAGGAUGAAGCCUCUUCACAAACAGAUACAGACUCACCCGGCCCGUCUCCUGCUCCUGCAGACCCAGGAUCAGUCGCUGAGUUGCAGAAACAAAUAGAGGAACUAAUUUCACAGAACGCCGAACUUGUCCUUAAAGUGCAGAUGCUGGAGAUGUUUGAGAAAGAUGAUACGGACAUGCAGACCACCAGCUCAGACUCAGUGCCCAUGACUCAGUAUGAGACUUUGAGGAAGGAGUUUGAAGCUCUUCAGGAGCGCUUCUCUCAAGCCCAGGCUUCACUGGAAGCCUACAGCGUUUCUGACGAGCAAAGCAAAGGCAGCUCUCAGAAUGGAGGCGGAGAUCCAGAAAUCACAGGAGCUCUAGAAGAAAAGCUGCGUGGUUUAGAAGAGCAGCUGGCCUCCUCCCAGUCUGAGCUGGAGGAGCUAAAAGAGCAGAUGCGUCUUGGGGUGCUUUCUGUGGAGUGCGCUGAAGGAAACGUUAGUGCAGCAGCUGCAGAAGAAGAAGGUGCGAGCCAGGAGGCGCAGCAGCUGAGAGCCAGGGUGACGGAAUUGGAGGAGAAGCUCGUAGAGAGACAGGGCGAGGCAGAGGGUCAGAGCAGCCGGGACAAUGACACAAUCAAACAGCUGACAGAGAAAGUGAAGGAACUCCAGGCUGCUCAGAUAGAGUCUGUGCUCAAGGAAGAAGAAGAAAACAAAAGAGGAGAGGCAGAGAGCGUGAAGUCCCUCCGUGACAGAGUUGUCGAACUGGAGGCAGCCCUGGCAGAGAGCCGGACUUCAGGGAAAGAGGGAGCAGCGGCAGGAGAUGGGGAUCGGGUCCGGCGUCUUCAGGAGCGCUUGGGUGAACUGGAGGGAGAGCUGAGGAAGUGCGUCCCCCGUUCAGAGCUAGACGAGGUUCAGGUGACCCUUGGACUCCAGUGCGAACAACUUGCCAGGGAGAGGGCAGACGUGGCUCGACGGCUCAAUGAUGCCCUCCUGGAGCUGGAGAGACUCAGAACUUCUCAACGUGGAGAUGAAGAGGAAGAAGAAGAAGAGGAGGAGGAGGGCCAUUCAGAAAGCUCAGAGCCCUCCGUCAAAUCAGAUCAAUCCAGGCAAACGUUGGCAGCAAUGAAGGAAGAACUGGAGGUGGCGAGGCAGGAAGCAGCCCAGGCUCUGGACUGCCUCUGUGCCGAGCGGGAGGGCCGUGCGCAAGACGCCUUGCAGCUGAAAGACACUGUGCCACUUUCAAAGCAUAAAGAGGCACUGUCUGCAGUGUCGGAGCAGCUUGCUCAAACUCUGCAGGAGCUCCAAGACGAGAAAACAUUAAGAGCUCAAGCUGAGAAGCAGGCAGCUAAUCUCCAGACAGAGCUGCAGGCCAAACAAGACGCCAUUCCCAAAGAGGAGCAUGAGAAGGUCAAGGAAGAGCUCCAGCACGCCCUGCAGGCCAGUGAGAGCAGUGCAGCAGCAGUGCAGGAGGCCCUCAGUGAGAAAGAGACAGAGCUGAGAGAGCUGAAGUCCCAGAAGGCUGCAGAACAGGGUCUGAUCUCCAAGGAAGACCACGAGGCACUGCGCCUCUCUCUACAGGCGGAGAUCAACGCCAUCACAGCACGGUUCAACGACCUCACCAGGAAACACGAGAAGACAUGCACGGAGGUAUUCCAGGUGCAGAGGGAGGCGCUAUUUCACAAAAGUGAAAGGCAGGCAGCAGAAUCCCAGCUGGUGGCAGUGCAGAAGCAGCUCUCUGAGCUACAAUCCCAGUCCAGCCACAUCCAGGAGCUCCACAAAGACAUUCAAGAGUCCCAGGGUCUAGUCAAAGAGAAGGACCGUAAGAUAACAGAGCUUUCCAAAGAAGUCUUCCGGCUCAAAGAGGCCUUGGGAGCUCUCUCUCCUCCUCUCGGAAGCCCAUCCCCUCCCUCGUCUUCUUCCAUGCAACAUGGCAAUCCAGGCCAGCAGGUGGCGCUGCAGAACAGGGUUGGCAUACUCACCCAACAGCUGCAGGACUGGGAGAGAAAGCACAAGCAGGUGGUGGCUGUGUACCGCUCACAUUUACUAGCAGCUGUACAGGGUCGCAUGGAUGAAGAGGUACAAUGUCUGCUGCUUCAGAUCCUGAGGAUGUCACAGCAGGGACACUGAAGUCUCUGCAACUGGCACCACACAUGUAAAGCUCCAUCACUCUAAUCUAUAGGACCAAGAUAAGGGAAACCUAAGUUAGAAUGCCAAACACAGCCAAUCCGCGGUCCGACAUAGCUGCAUGUGUAUAUUAUGAACCUCAAACAACAACCCUAAUUCUUGCCUGAGUAGUAAUAUUCAAGAGAAUUGAAUGGGGAAUGCUUCUGUUUUGUUUUUUUUAUUUGUAAGAACCUAAUGAUAGGAGAUAUGUAGAUACAGAGUGGGUAUUUUGAUGAUAGAAUCAAGCACUGAUUGUGUGACAAGUCUACUGAUUUUACAUAAAGUUGUUAUAAUAAAAAGGAAAACAAUU